CGAGCCGAAAAUCACAAGAGAGUGCUCUUCACUAAGCUCGUGGACGCGUAGGACACCCGCGUCGCUGCCCCGGCCCGCGCCCGCGAGCGCGCGAGCGAGCGCCCACCGACGCAGGCACCGCCGACCAGGGCUUGCCCAGUAGAUUGAGCACUGGGCACCCCUGCACCAGAAACACACGAAACACGAAAGUCCCCGGCCUCCGCGACCCCAUAUGGACGCCGCGGCCCACCCCACAAAGCCUUCUACGCCGCCGUACGGUAGCCCGGGCGCCCGCCAGUGCAUCAGUCAAUCAUGUCGCGCGCGGCGCUUCGACGGCCGCGCGGCUGUGAUGGUCGCCUCCGCGCCAUCGACGCGCCGUCUGGCACCCACUCGUGAACCGGUCGACGCGCACGCAGGCGGCCGCGUCAAGAAGCGCCCGCGCCUCGGCGUGACGCGGCCCACGACGGCGUUGCCCUUCGCCGCGUCGUCGCUCCUCGCCGCGCGCCGCCGCCCGCCCGCGGCUGCGGCCGCGCCGCGCGUCCGCCGCGAGCGCUGGGCGUGCACCGCCUGCACCUUCGCGAACGGCGCCGCGCGCACGCGGUGCGAGAUGUGCGGCACCGCGCGGGCGCGGAGAACGGCACCUUUCAUGGUGCCCGCGGAGCCGCCGGCCGAGCCCGAGCUCCUCGACGACCAGUGCCUCGUGUGCAACCGGUCGACGCAGGGAACUAGUGAGGUGCUGCUCUGCGACGGCUGCGACGGCGAGGUGCACCUGCGCUGCGCGGGCUUGGAACGUGUCCCGGAGGGCGACUGGCUCUGCGCCGCCUGCGCGCCCGAGACGAGCGAGGAGGAGUCCGUUCCAGAGAGCGCGCCGAGCGUCCCGGAGCACGAGCUCUUCGAGGCGCCGCGGCCGGAUGUGGGGGAUCGCGUCGACCUCGUCGGGGGCGGCGAGGGCGUCAUCGUGCGCGUGACGCGGCCCGGCUCGUGGUACGACGUCCGCGUCGGCGCUGUCAAUGGUACGGGGCAGACGGGCGAGGUCAUCAAGGUGCGCCGCACGCACGGCGAGUUCCGCGCGUUCCGCGGCGGCCGGGCCGCGACCGUCGCUCGUCCGAGCGCCACGACGGCGCCAUCGAGCGGACGAUCAUUCCGCUGGUGGAGGAGGACGACGACGUGCCAGACGUGUCGCCGGCGCCCGUCGCCGCGCCUGCAGACGCUCCGCCGCCGCCGGUGUCGCCAGCCGCCGCGCCCGCGCCGGCGCCCGCCGCUGUCGAGGCGCCGUCGGCUUCCCGCCCGAAGGACAUCUCGGCGUUCCUGGCGGCGCUGGAGCUCCCGCAGUACGCCGGCGGGUUCGUGGCGAACGGCGUCGACUUCCUGGCGAUCCCGGCGCUCGAGCGGGACGACUGGGUCGAGCUGGGCGUCCCAAUCGGCCACCGCGCGCGCAUCAUCAAGGAACAUAAGUCGCUCCACCCCGAGAUGUGGUGAGUAAGACAUGCAAUUACACAA